ACAUUGCGAAAAAUAAAUCAUACUAAGUGGAUAGUUGAAGUCUUUUUACAACUUUUUUUUAAAUUACUCAAAAAAUAAUGCCAUACGAAAAGAACAAACUUUAUACGCAAAUGCCUUUUUGUUUGGAAACUAAAAGGGCUGAGUUUUACAUCUUUUAUGAUGUCGAGGACUUAGCUGAUAAGUGUGAAAUGUUUAAAGAUGAUAGUUUUAAAUUUCGCACGAUUGGCCUUUUAAAAAGUAUUAAUGGAAGAUUUUACAUUGAAAGUAUGAAACUUCCUAUGAAUAAAACAACAGAUGUAAGAGUAUCAAUGGUUUACAUGAACAGCUAUCUCAAAUCUACUGUGAUACCUUACCCGGUGCAAUUAUUUGGUACUAUUCAGUGGAAGAAGGAGCCUGUAAUUAUAGCUCAUAUUCUACAGGCAUUAAGUACAAGCAUGGCCAUUAGAUUGAUGGAGACUUUAAAAUCAGUGUCAAGUGCACAUAUUGCAAGGUUGCCAAUGGAAGAUUAUUGCUUUGACUUUGAAGAGGAUAGUUUUAGUAAUGUUUAGAACAGGACACUUUUCACCAAUGAGAAAUGAACACCGAGGGUAUUACCGAGUAGUGAUUUGCUCAGCUUCGCCUGUGUACAAUCAGUAUCAACUCCAGGUGAAGUUGAACCUGAAUAUACAGUACUUAAAGCAUGGGUGGGUGUUUCGGCAAUAAGCAACAGUUCACCUGCAAUGCAGGCUAUGGGGAAAUUAAACCACUUAAAGCUGUAUCACUUUAUAUUUCAUAUUAACUGCUGACCAACCAUGCUCCUAUACACAAGAUAUAUUAGUGUGCGAAACUGAUGCUGGUGCUGCAUCAUAUGCAGCCCCAAUCUCACUGGCUUACUGGUAACAUUGCCAACAACAGACAACAACUCUGCAGAUUCUUGCUAUUUUGCCAAUGACUGUGAUCUACAAUUACAUACCAGCUCCUCUUUGCCAUAGUUGUUGGGAACAACAACCUGAGUGGCAUGGGAUAAGUGUCAUAUCUUUUCUGUCUCUCCAGCAACAUAAAAUACUUAUAGUUUAAUUUGAUAAAGUAGAUUUUUAAUGAGAAAAGAAUUUUUGAUAUUGAAAAACAAUCAAAUCUUCAUAUAAGUAUGUAGUAAUGUUUCAUAUCUUUAGGAUUUACCAGU